AUGAAAGAAGAGAUUGCAGCAACAGUGUUUUUCAUUGCGAGGCUGGCAAAGAAAAAUGGUAAACUGGAUUGUGUUCGCAGAGAGAAAUUUGCUGUGGAACUCACUGCAGUACUCUUUGAAAAUUACAAAAGCCAUUGGUACCCAGAAAACCCAUCCAAAGGGCAAGCUUAUCGGUGCCUAAGGGUGAACAGGGCUCAAAUGAGGGACCCAAUUAUUGAGCGUGCUUGCUGCCAGAGUGAUAUUAUUUAUGAAGAUCUUGGGUUACCAAAGGAAAUGACAAUUUGGGUUGAUCCUGGAGAGGUGGCAUGCCGGUAUGGUGAGAAGUCGACCCCAUUUUGUGUGACCCAAAUGGAGAGUCAGAAAAGAGAUGGGGAGUUCUCUCGUAGGAUAAACAAUGCAGUGGAAAGGGCUUCAUCAGACUACCACUCGGGCACCUCCUCUGAUGAGGAGGGAGGCAACACCAGCAUAAGUACCAGCAUGAGUUGCAGCAUGAGUAGCAGCAAUGGCAGCAGCAGUCUUUUGGUUCCAGAGCCAAAAUGCAUCCCCACGGUGUCCAACCCCAAUAGUAUCUACCAGUCCAGUGAAUUUGGGCAACCUCCCGCCAUGCAGAGCUGGGUUUCAUACAAUAAUCGGAAACCUUAUGCUGCUGAGGGCUACCUCUCCUCUGGUGGGCCAUACCAGUCUCAUAAGAGCUUCAAGAGCUACAGGCCUUCCUAUGCGUUCUCUGGUCCAAGGGUGGACCGAUACCACUGGGUCAGCAAGAACCGCUCUUAA